AUGGCACUCCGUCUCGCCGUCAGCUCUGCACUUCGUCCGGCUCUCAACAGCCAGAAAAAUCAAAAAAAGUCAUUUCAGGUUCGCAAUGCUUCUUCCGCCGUCUCGGUGAAAGAUGUUCUUGCCAACGCUCCACAAGCUGAAGUCACUACCUUGAAGAAUGGAUUCCGUGUUGUCACCGAAGAUAACGGAACUGCCACCGCUACAGUUGGAGUCUGGAUUGAGACCGGAUCUCGCUUUGAAAACGAGAAGAACAAUGGAACUGCUCAUUUCCUUGAGCGUCUUAUUCACAAAGGUACCGGAAAGAGAGCUGCCGCUGCUCUGGAAUCUGAGCUUAACGCCAUCGGAGCCAAGCUUAACUCUUUCACCGAGAGAGAUCAGACAGCCGUAUUUGUUCAGACUGGAGCUCAAGACGUCGAGAAAGUUGUCGACAUUCUCGCCGAUGUGCUUCGUAACAGCAAGCUUGAUGCUUCUACAAUUGACUCGGAACGAGCAAAUAUCUUGAAGGAACUUGAUGCUUCUGAUAACCAUCACCAACUCGUUCUCUUUGAUAUGCUCCACGCCGCUGCUUAUCAAGGAACCCCAUUUGCCCACAGCGUUCUCGGAACCAGCGCUAGCAUUCCAACCAUCACCGCUCAACAACUCAAGGAGUGGCAAGAGGACCAUUACAGACCAGUUCGCAUGGUUCUUUCCGCUGUCGGAGGAGGAGUCUCCAACGUCUCGAACCUUGCUGAAAAGUACUUCGGAGACCUCAGCAACGAAUACCCAAGAAAAGUUCCACAAGUCGACGGAACCAGAUUCACCGGAUCCGAAUACAGAUACCGCAACGACAAUGUUCCACACAUGUAUGCUGCUUUCGCUGUUGAGGGAGUCGGAUACGCCCAUAAGGACGCUCUUGCUCUUCAAGUUGCUAACCAAUUCAUCGGACAAUGGGAUGUGACUCAUGCCACUUCUAGAACUGCCCCAUCCAGACUUGUCCAAAAGAUCGGACAUGACCAUGGUCUUCAAAACCUCCAACAUUUCAACAUCAACUACAAAGACACUGGAUUGUUCGGAAUCUAUUUCGUCGCUGACGCCCACGACUUGAACGACACCAGUGGAAUCAUGAAGUCUGUUGCUCACGAAUGGAAGCACUUGGCUUCUUCUACCACCGAUGAGGAGGUCGCCAUGGCCAAGAACAAAUUGAGAACAUCCUUGUACCAGAAUCUGGAAACCAACACCCAAAAGGCUGGAUUCAAUGCUAAAGAACUUCUUUACACCGGAAAUCUCAGACAACUUUCCGAUCUUGAGGCUCAAAUUCAAAAGAUCGAUGCAGGAGUUGUUCGCGAGGCUAUUUCCCGACACGUUUACGAUCGUGAUCUUGCUGCUGUUGGAGUUGGUCGCACGGAAGCCUUCCCGAACUACGCCCAUGUUCGUGCCGGUAUGUCAUGGUGGAGAUUGUAA